AUGCCGAUUCGUAAAUACCUCCGAAUCUCUCAGGGCGCUGCCCUGGAGCUCAGAAUCUAUGUCGCCGGCGAAAAGAAGAACUGGUUCGAUGAACAAGUCCUGUCAGAAUUGGUGCAGCUCAUCAAGCCGCUUGUCCUGCCGAAACUGAGAGAAGAGAGAGACGCUGCAAAGAAGAAGAAAGGACCGACAAAGGACACUGUCGAAGGAACGAGCCUAUGGUUUGUCGACACAGACACGCGUCAUGUGGUGAUGAAGACUGAUAAGCAACUCGUUUUUAAUGCGUCAGACGAGAGGGAUCAAAGCACAACAGCGCCUGAACAAGGUGCCAGCUCGCCACUCUUUAUCCCAUCUCCAGAAGCAGAAGAUGAACGCAAAAAGGCCAAGCCGACACUUGUGGCCAAAUACAGAGGCUUCAGUAUAUGGGGAAAGAAGCUCAUGAUUUCUGUCUCUGCAAAGGAAGUUUCAGAAGGGGCUGCGACCCAGGCUCCCUCACAGCAGCAGCUCAUGGACAAUUAG